GGCCGCCGGAGCCGCGCCGCCGUCUUCCUUCCCUCCCUUAUGGAAGAGAUGGAAGAGGAGCUGAAAUGCCCGGUGUGCGGCUCCUUUUACCGGGAGCCCAUCAUCCUGCCCUGCUCUCACAACCUGUGCCAGGCGUGCGCCCGCAACAUCCUGGUGCAGACGCCGGACUCGGAGUCUCCGCAGAGCCGCCGCGCCUCGGGCUCGGCCGUCUCCGACUAUGACUACCUGGACCUGGACAAGAUGAGCCUCUACAGCGAGGCGGACAGCGGCUACGGYUCGUACGGGGGCUUCGCCAGCGCUCCCACCACGCCGUGCCAGAAAUCCCCGAACGGGGUGCGCGUGUUCCCGCCGGCCGCGCCGCCUCCUCCCGCCGCUCUGGCUCCGCCGCCGCCGCCGCGCAACGCGUGCCUGACCUGCCCGCAGUGCCACCGCAGCCUGGUGCUGGACGAGCGCGGGCUGCGCGGCUUCCCCCGCAACCGCCUGCUCGAGGGCGUCAUCGACCGCUACCAGCAGGGCAGGGCGGCGGCCCUGCGGUGCCAGCUCUGCGAGAARGCGCCCAAGGAGGCGGCCGUGAUGUGCGAGCAGUGCGACGUGUUCUACUGCGACCCGUGCCGCCUGCGGUGCCACCCGCCGCGGGGACCGCUGGCCAAGCACCGCCUGGUGCCGCCGGCCCAGGGCCGCGUCAGCCGCCGGCUCAGCCCCCGCAAGAUCUCCACCUGCACCGACCACGAGCUGGAGAACCACAGCAUGUACUGCGUGCAGUGCAAGAGCCCCGUGUGCUACCAGUGCCUGGAGGAGGGCAAGCACUCCAGCCACGAGGUCAAGGCGCUGGGAGCCAUGUGGAAGCUCCACAAGAGCCAGCUCUCCCAGGCCCUGAAUGGUUUGUCAGACAGAGCCAAGGAGGCCAAGGAAUUCCUGGUGCAGCUCCGUAACAUGGUGCAGCAGAUCCAGGUGGUGCGGGAUCAGAUCUCCCACUGCACGGUGAAGCUGCGCCAGACCACGGGGCUGAUGGAAUAUUGCCUGGAGGUCAUCAAGGAGAACGACCCCAGUGGCUUCCUGCAGAUUUCGGAUGCCCUCAUCAGGAGGGUGCACAUGACCGAGGAUCAGUGGGGCAAGGGCACCCUGACCCCCCGCAUGACCACCGACUUCGACCUGAACCUGGACAAUGCCCCRCUGCUGCAGUCCAUCCACCAGCUUGACUUCGUCCAGAUGAAAGUGGCUUGGUUUUCUUUUGACCCCGCCUCUGCCCAUGCCGACAUCAUCUUCUCCAACGACAACCUGACUGUCACCUGCAACAGCUACGAUGACAGGGUGGUGCUGGGCAAAACGGGCUUUUCCAAAGGGCUGCACUACUGGGAGCUGUCCAUCGACCGCUAYGACAACCACCCCGACCCGGCCUUUGGCGUGGCGCGCAUCGACGUCCUCAAGGACGCCAUGCUGGGCAAGGACGACAAGGCCUGGGCCAUGUACGUGGACAACAACCGCAGCUGGUUCAUGCACAACAACUCCCACACCAACAGGACCGAGGGCGGGAUCACGAAAGGCGCCACSGUGGGAGUGCUGCUGGAUCUGACCAGGAGGACGCUGACCUUCUCCAUCAACGAGGACCAGCAAGGGCCCGUGGCCUUCGAGAACCUCGAGGGGCUCUUCUUCCCCGCCGUCAGCCUCAACAGGAACGUGCAGGUGACGCUGCACACCGGGCUGCCRGUGCCCGAGUUCUACGCUUCGCGCUCGGCCAUGCCGUGAGGACGCUCCCGGAGCCGGCUGCCUCUUCUCGGGGUGAGAGGAGCCAGCCCGUUCCCUCCUGCAGGACAAGGCCAGCCUGCUCAGGGCCGGGUCCCUGCCCARCUGCCGGGUCCCUGCUCGGCCUCUGGCCGGAGGUGGGGAGGCAAAUCGGGAAGGACCAUCCUGGCUUUCGGCCGUCUCCGCUCUCCGGCCUCCGCGCUGUCCCGUGUGUGUGCGCUUCGCUCUUUAGCUCUCUUUGGCUGAUCAAGUACCUAGGUAGCCUGAGCUGUUCUCCUGUGUCCGCUUUUAGGUUUGAUUUUUCCUGAUUUGAGUUGGGGUUUGGGGCGGGGGGACACUUCCGUCUCUCUUUCCCCUCCCCUGGGGCUGGCUGGAGGGAGCCCGCCCCGGGAACGCUUUGCCCACGCCAGCCUGGUUACUUUGCAGGAUAUUUCUUUCCCCUGUGGCCUUUCUUGCAGAGCACCCUCGGUCACGUGUAGAGGUGGGUCCUGGAUUACCAGUCAGUCUCCAUGUCCUUACCAAACACCCCUCUCUGUCCCGUGUCCCCAUGGGGCAGGGGGUGGCCGUCCCGUCCCCAGGUGCUCUGGGUGCUGGCAGACCCUUGGUUGGGUGCCCAAUGCCCAUCCCUCGGUGCCAGCACACGCGCCACAGCCAUAGACCGGAGAGCCCUCAGCCGGCCCUUCGGAGAUUAGUGUUUAUUUUUUUAYAGUUGCCAUAUAAAGCCUAGCCUUAAAUUCAACUGAUAGUGUCCUUCCAAUCACCGGAGAAUUCAUUCUGCAGCGAGGGUCUGACCGAGAGCCCGGGGAUGGGGAUGGGAUGGGGAGGAAGGAGAGCUGGCCACAGCCCUGCCACGCCCUCAGGAAUAAUCCAAGCCUGCUGCCGGCAGCAGUUCCCAUCAGCUCCAUUCCCUGCUUGACUUUCUGGUAAUUCAGGGGCAGGAAAGGAACGGUGCCGGCUUCGCUUUGCGGUCCCCUUCGCUUUGCGGGAUCGCUCCCAGCCCGUCCGGAGCCACGGGAAUGCCGGCCCAGCAGAAAGACAAGUGUAAAUAGCCCGUUCCCUGCCAGCCUGCCCUCCCCUAGGACAGUCCCGUUCAUCCCCUUGUUGCUCCAGCAUUAAGUUUUCCUAAUUUAUUGGAUGGGUGCUAUCUCGUUGACUCCCACCGAGGGGUUCCCCCAGCUGCCGGAGAGCCGUGUUGCGGGACAACGCCGGGCAGCUCCUCGGUGCUUCCAGAGGAGCCCCCGUGGCCGGCUCACCCGGGGCUCCUCUCAGCCGUCAUCCCCCGUUCUUUAGGAUGUUCAUGGUGCUUCUUAGAGUCCCAGUGAUUGUAAGACGUCGUCCCCCCGUUGCGCGAUGGUAGCCGCACACAGCCGCUGUACUGACGACAAGUGUCACGUUUGCUGUUCUAAUAAAGGACUUUUACGAGAGAA